GGGUUUCACAGGUGGGAAGAGUCGCAUAGGAGGAGUAAAACUGUGAAAUGUAUCGGCCAGAUACAAGGGGCACAUACGGAGAUAGGAAAGUCCACAUAGGCUGUGUGCAAUGAAGAUUGAUAUUCACAACCACAUCUUACCCAAGGACUGGCCAAAUCUGAAGGAGCGUUAUGGCUAUGGUGGAUUCGUGCAGCUCCAUCACCACUGUAAAGGUGAGGCUCAAAUGAUGAAGGAUGGCAAACUGUUUAGAGUCAUACAGGAGAAUUGCUGGGAUGCUGAAGCUCGCAUCAGAGACAUGGAUAACUCAGGAGUGACUGUCCAGGCUCUGUCCACUGUUCCUGUCAUGUUUAGCUACUGGGCAAAGCCCCAUGACACGUUGGACCUGUGUGGCAUCCUGAAUGAUGACUUGGCGUCCACGGUGAAGCGGAACCCGAAGCGCUUCGUUGGGCUGGGCACUCUGCCCAUGCAGGCCCCCGACCUGGCCGUGCUGGAGAUGACGCGCUGCGUCAAGGACCUGGGCUUCCCCGGCGUGCAAAUCGGCUCCCAUAUCAACGACUGGGACCUCAACGCCCCCGAGUUGUACCCCAUCUAUGAGGCUGCAGAGAAGCUAAAUUGCUCUCUAUUUGUGCAUCCUUGGGACAUGCAAAUAGAUGGCCGAAUGGCGAAGUAUUGGCUGCCUUGGUUGGUAGGAAUGCCAUCAGAGACAUCAAUGGCUAUAUGCUCCAUGAUAUUCGGUGGGAUAUUUGAGAAGUUUCCAAAACUGAAGGUUUGCUUUGCACAUGGAGGUGGUUCAUUUCCAUAUACAGUUGGUCGAAUAGAGCACGGUUUUCAGGUGCGGCCAGACCUGUGUGCUGUGGACAACAAAGUUAACCCACGAAAAUACUUGGGCUCCUUCUACACAGACUCACUUGUUCACGACCCACUUGCACUGAAGUUACUUCUUGAUGUAAUUGGAAAGGACAAGGUCAUGCUGGGAACAGACUAUCCAUUUCCACUGGGGGAGCUGGAGCCUGGCUCACUAAUUGAAUCCAUGGAAGAUUUUGACCAUGCCCUGAAGGAAAGGCUACUUGCUGACAACGCUCUUGACUUCUUGGGCCUUCAGCGUCAACAGUUUGAAUGAAUGAAGUGUUACAAACUCUUUCCAGGGCUUUGCCACAGACAGUUUGUGGACAGGAGCACAGUUUACAGUGGAACUGCACCUGGCCUUCCACAGCAGUAGUUACAGUUAAAUAUUUUUUAUUUUCUUUCCACACGUUAGGAAAACAUACAAAAAAAGCACACAAUAUUGAUUAAGAAAAGGAAAACAUACUGUAGCAUCGCACAUUUGGAGACACGUAAACAUCUGACAAAGAAAGGCUAGUCAUUCCCUGUUUCUCCAUUUGACCUGUUCACAAACUAAUCUAAAUGCCAUUUGCAAUGUGUGUCUGCUGCAGAAUAAACCAGCACUGAAGGAUGCACACUUU